AUGGAGGCCUCUCACGCCGCAUUUUCGCAAUAUUACCACUUUGUUCCGCGAUUCAUUCUUAAAAAUUUUGCCCAUCCAUACAUGCCCCAAAAGGCUGGCUCACCUAACUCGAUAAACCGUCCAAAUGGAGAGCUUGGAAAAAAGAUGUACCGUGGCGACCCUGUCGUUAACUGCCUCAACCUCUCUUCUGAAACGCCAGAAAUCAUAGAGACACCGGUGAAGCGCGUUCUUGGCCAGACGGACAUGUAUCGGGACACUACCAAACCCGAUGCAGAGCAAUAUCUCAUAGAGGAGAAGCUUAGCCGACUCGAGUCCGAAGCCAGUGCUAUCUUCCGCAAGAUUACGAAGUCUUUCGAUGAACGCCAUCGCGGCCUCUGGCUUACACGCAACGAGCGGAAUCUCAUCCGAAAAUUUAUCUUGCUCAUGAAAUACCGAGGAUCGACCUUCUAUCAGCGCUUUUAUCACGAAACUACGACAGGUUACGAUGCCAACGACAGAGAUAGGCUACUUGAAUAUAUGCGGGAGAAGGGCUUCGAAAGGCCUAUAGACGUCUGGCUUGAUAACAUCAAAACUAUCAUCGACUUGAAGAUGGAUGAUGAGUUGAAGUGGGUAUCAGAACUCCCUAAACGGAUGUAUCCAGAUGAUGCCAUGUGGGUUAUACUCAAUUGCCUGUCCAUGUAUAUGGCUAUUUGCACCCCAUCUAAUCCCAAGGACGAGUUUAUCCUUACCGACAACAGCUACCACGUAUUCGAGGGCCCGGGUCGCAUCGGGAUUGAUGUAAACACUGGGAAGACUCAAGAAAUAGUAUGGACUAAUUUCCACGAGUUUUCUCCGGUAUCCCCGAAACUUAUGAUUGUGCUUCGAAGCUUUUUACUGCCCUCGCCACUGGAAGAUGCUAACCCGAAAGUGAAGGCCCAUCGAGAUAUGUGUAGGUCUUUAGCAGUGGAGAAUAAUUUUGAAAGCGGCACCAAUUCUGUGCUAGCCGAUCUACCUAUCGAGAAAGCCCGUAACAACUAUACAGAGAUCCUGAACGGUGGGUGUCAGUUUAUCCCGCAUGAAGACGGCUCUCUACGACAGAACCACAAGUUCUUCUUCAGCUUUUUCCCCAUCGACACCAACCACGUCAACAAGAUCAACGGGAUAUUUCUGGAUAACGCAAGCGCCUCCAACAAUGUGAUCGGGAAGCAUGUUACUAGUGCCUCCGGGGACCCGCGACUCUGUUGCCUGAAGAAGCUGGCGGCAGUGUUGAAACAAAUGGGCUCAAACAAGGAUCCUGUCUGGGAAGAAAUCCCCUUCCCAGAGCUGGACAACGACGAAAAGAAUCCGCUCACGGUGAAUGAGCUCAGACAACUACUGGUGCAGCUCCUUCCGGACGAUAAUCCCACCGAAUUCAUGAAGGUUUACAAGACGCUAGGCGGGUCAAAGCUGACACUUGUCAAAGAUAUGGAACAGGCUCAAUUAAUGCUGAAGUUGCGGAUUAAUAUCGACGUGUGGUCACGCGGAAUUGACGAGCGCUUGCGUCAGACAAAUCGCGAUGUCCUCCUUGAUACAUAUCUCCAGUUUCCACCGCAUGGAGUAUGGCUCUACCUAAAGCACUAG